GCUUGAGUAGUCACGAUAUUGUGAUAUUUAUAGUGUCUGAUGGAUUAUAUCCUGAGAGGUAUCAAUUUUAUCAAUGACUAGAUGAAGGAAAAUCCAAUCCUGAUGGGUUUGCUGCUGUAUUUGAGAAGAUAGAAAGAGUGAUCAAGGCAUUACAUCAAGACAACAUGAAAUUUGCCAGUACAAUGAUAGAUGAUAUAUGUUUUCUUGAGUUUGCUGCUAAUGGCUCUUCAAAUGAUGUUUUAGACUUCCUUCAUUAUUGCCAGACGCUAACAUCAGAAUAUGGUUGCACAUUUAUUGCACUUGACCAUAAGGAUAUUUAUUUGAAUGGAGAGAGGCCUGCCAUUAUCUUAGAGAUAGAGUACCUUGCUGACAUUUUGGUCAAGGCUGAACCAUUGGCCACUGGUUUGGCAAAAGAUAUGCAUUGGCAGAUAUAGUUGUAUUAAUCUCCAUAAUAAGUUCAUACUUAGCUGUGUAUACAUGAUUGUCAUUUUAUAGAAUGUUGAUAGAGUGAAGGACACUGCUCCUACUAUUUUGUGGUCAUUGAUACUUAAUAUUAUGGUGUCCAUAUAUGUAAGGACACUGCUCCUUCUAUUUUGUGGUCAUUGACACUGCAAUUGGAAAGAUGCUUUUGUUUGCACGG